AUGGAAUUUUUGAGAAAGUACUUUCCUGAGGAUGUUCGUGGGAAGAAGGAGAUUGAUUUUCUGGAGAUGAAGCAAGGUAACUUGUCGAUUACUGAGUAUGCUUCCAGAUUUGUGGAACUUGUUAAGUUCCACCCUCAUUAUAGUGAGGUAACUGUUGAGUUAUUGAAGUGUAUAAAAUUAAAGAAUGGUUUGCAUCCUAAAAUUAAGCAGGUGAUUGGAUACCAACAAACUAGGAGGUUUCCAGAAUUGGUGAACAACUGUAGAAAUUAUGAGGAUGAUAGUAAGGCUCAGUCGGCUUACUACAAGGGGUUGAGUGAGAGAAGAGGGAAGCAAAAUCUGAAUUAUGGGAAGCCAUAUAGUGCUCCAGCUAAUAGAGGUAAAUAG